AUGCUGCUUCACUUGGGAAAUCGGAGCUAUGUGACCUCGUUCGUCCUGGUGGGGUUCUCAGAUUACCCCCAGCUCCAGGUGGCCCUCUUCCUGGUGUUCCUGGCCAUCUACACAGUCACUCUGCUGGGGAACUUGGGCAUAAUUGUGGUCCGGAAACUCAAUCCCAAACUUCACACGCCCAUGUACUUUUUCCUCAGCCAUCUUUCCUUUUUGGAUAUUUGUUAUUCGAGUGUGUUUACCCCCAAACUCUUAGAGAUCCUGGUCGUGGAGGAAAGAACAAUCUCUUUCAGAGGGUGCAUGGCACAGUUUUUCUUUGGCUGUGCCUGUGUGUUCACGGAGAUGUUCAUGUUGGCAGUGAUGGCCUAUGACCGGUUCAUGGCUGUCUGUAACCCCCUGCUCUACACAGUGGCCAUGCCUCCUAAGCUCUGUGCUGUCCUGGUGGCAGGAACUUACAUGUGGGGUGUACUCUGUUCCUUGACAAUCACGUAUUCUCUUGUGCAGUUGUCCUACUGCGAGUCCAGCAUCAUCAACCACUUUGGUUGUGAGUACUCUGCUGUCCUGGAUGUGUCCUGCUCCGACCCCUCCUUCAGCCAGAUGAUAUGUUUAAUAAUUUCUAUACUGAGUGAGGCCUGCAGCCUCCUGAUCACCCUUGCCUCCUAUGUGGUCAUCGUGGUGACUAUCGUCAGGAUGCCCUUCAAGGGUGGACUCCAAAAAGCCUUCUCCACCUGCACCUCCCACCUAAUGGCCAUCAGCAUCUUCCAUGGCAUCCUCCUUCUCCUCUACUGUGUGCCCAGCUCCAAGGGCUCCUGGCUGCUGGUCAAAGUGGCCACUGUGCUUUAUACAGUAGUGGUUCCCAUGCUGAAUCCCCUCAUCUACAGCCUCAGGAACAAGGAUGUUAAAGACACGAUCAGGAGGCUAAUAAAUCCCAAACUGCAUUGUCAAUCCACAUAA